CUAGUUUUUGCUUCACUCAAUUUCCUUUCUUCGUAAUUUCUUGUAACAAAUCUAUCUAAAGUUUAGGAAAAACUCUCCAAUCGUUGACACUCCCGAUGGAGUCUCUGCAAUUUCUGGAGUCUUCGGCUAAUCAGUUGAGAGCAUAUGCGAAUUCAUUUUUGUCUCGAUAUGAACCUCUGGCUCUGUUUCUUGCUUUUCCUUUCUCCCUUGUUGUUGGUUGGUUCCUUCAAUCCGUGGGUCAUUCUGUUCACGAGAAAGGGCUAAAGACCACUGUUUUAGGGUUCAUAAUGUGUUCCAUCAAAUUUGUACCUGGCGUGAAGAAUUACAUCGAUGCUGAGAAAAAGAAGGUAGUAGAUAAGUUGCAGUCCAAUAGUAAAUCUAAAAGGGGGAAUGGUUGGAGAACAGAGUUACCUGUGGUAGGGUUAGGAGUAGGUGUUCUUGAGAAAAUGAGAGAGGACAAAAGAAAUGAUGUGGUUUGGCAAGGCAAAUGCUCUGGUACAGUUUAUAUUGGAGGUAGUGAAACUGAAGGGCAUUUUUCUUUGAUAAAUGAGGCAUGCUCCAUGUUUGCUCACACCAAUCCAUUACACAUGGAUGUGUUCCACAGUGUUGUCAAAUUUGAGGCAGAAGUGGUUGCCAUGACAGCUGCACUCAUGGGAAGCCAAGAGAAAUCUUAUGGAGGACAAAUUUGUGGUAACAUGACAUCUGGAGGAACUGAAAGCAUACUGUUAGCCGUAAAGUCAUCUCGCGACUUCAUGAAAGCUAGGAAGGGUAUUGUAAGACCAGAAAUGAUAAUACCUCAAUCGGCGCAUUCAGCGUACGACAAAGCUGCACAAUACUUUAAUAUAAAGCUGUGGCGUGUCCCUGUGAACACGGAAUUUCAAGCAGAUACUGCAUCAAUUAGACGAUAUGUCAACAAAAACACUAUAUUGAUAGUUGGAUCAGCUCCUGGCUUCCCACAUGGCAUCAUAGAUCCUAUUGAAGAGCUUGGCAAAUUAGCUCUUAGCUACGAUAUAUGCUUACAUGUUGAUCUGUGUCUUGGAGGUUUUGUAUUGCCCUUUGCUAGUAAACUUGGGUACCCUAUACCUCUUUUUGACUUUACGGUACAAGGAGUAACUUCGAUGUCUGUUGAUGUACACAAGUAUGGAUUGGCUCCAAAAGGAACAAGUGUGGUCCUAUACAAGAACCAUGAAAUUCGAAAGCAUCAAUUUGUUGCAGUUACUGAGUGGACUGGUGGACUUUACGUUUCUCCAACAAUAGCGGGAAGCCGGCCUGGAAAUUUGAUUGCAGGUGCUUGGGCUGCAAUGAUGGCUAUAGGUUUAGAAGGCUACUUGGAGAAUACAAGAGAGAUCAUGGAAGCCUCUAAAAGAAUACAGAGAGGAGUACAAAACAUCCAUGAGUUGUCCAUCAUUGGAAGACCCGACAUGACAAUAGUGGCUUUUGGGUCCAAUGUUCUGGACAUAUUCGAAGUCAACGACAUUAUGUCUUCAAAGGGCUGGCAUUUGAAUGCGUUGCAGAAACCCAACAGCAUUCACAUCUGUGUGACCCUUCAACAUGUACCUGUGGUUGAUGACUUUCUCAAAGAUUUGAAGGAAUCUGUGCAAACUGUAAAAGAUAAUCCAGGCCCUAUAAGUGGAGGGCUUGCUCCCAUCUAUGGCGCAGCUGGGAAGAUGCCAGACAGAGCCAUGGUUGGGGAGUUGUUGAUUGAUUUUAUGGACAAUUCUUGUUAGGUGUUAUUUGGCAGACAAUACAACUUAAGUUUAUUCUUGUGUUAUUGCAUUGUGUUUUCAGUUCAAGGAUCUAAGUAAAAGUUUUCAUUUCAAGGAUCUAAGUAAAUAAUAUAACAGUGUGUUUAUUUGAUCUUAAUUAAUAUUUUAGAUACAUAAAUAUUUUUACAA